ACUUGUAACGCAUUUCAUUGUGGAAGUGCAUAUUAACAUCCUAAGUUCCGACACUAUUAAUAUAUGUGUCCAUCCUUAAACAUGCGUCUCCAUGUAGUACUCCUCUUGUUUUUUUCAUUGCUCCUCCUCCUCCUAUUAGCACAACCCAAAGUAGUAGUACUAGCAAAAAACAUAACCGCCAACAUCGCCAACGUAACCUACAAUAGCUUCUUCGUCACCAAGCAGCCCGGUUGCCCACUCGAAUGCGGAAACAUAAGGGUCCCUUACCCGUUCGGCAUAGGGGUUGACUGCUCCUUGGAUUCGAACUUCAAAAUCAACUGCAGCACUGAUUCAGAGCCCUUCUUGGACGGCCUCAAGGUCCUAUCCAUCUCCCCAACCCAAGUUUGGGUCCGAACUUUUGUCGCUUAUAAGUGCUACGACCAGGCCGGGAAAGUGACCAGGGCUAAUGGGUCCUGGGCCAAUUUGCCGCUGGCUUCGCCAUACACGUUUUCGGACACGGCGAAUAAGUUCACGGUCAUCGGCUGCGAUGACUUUGGCCAAAUCGGGGGGUAUGAUCAAGUUGCAGGGAUCUCCUUUGCUGGGUGUGGCUCCGUAUGCUCCAACAAUACGGACAUGACUGAUCGAAAUUGUCCCGGUAUUGGUUGCUGCCAAUCCGAUGUUCAAAAGGGGCUGAAGACGUACAACGUUUCCCUUACUAGCUUUCGGAAUCAUACCCAGGUUUGGUCAUACGACAAAUGUGGCUAUGCGUUUGUGGGAGCGCGGGAUAGCUUUCAUUUCCGCAAUCUAUCAAUUUUUUCGGAUCCCACUUUCGCGAACCGAGUACCCACAGUAGUUGAUUUUGCGAUUGGGAACCAGAGUUGUGUUGAAGCCCAAAACUCAAACGCAUCUUUGUGCCAGCAGCUAGGUAAUACUACGUGUACUGAUAAUACGGAUAGUGGCUCUAGAGGAUAUCGUUGCCGUUGCAAAGAUGGUUAUCAGGGCAAUCCUUAUCUCACUUCUGGAUGCACAGAUAUAGACGAAUGCAUAGAUCCCGACCUUAAUGACUGUGAUGAACAUGCAACUUGCACAAAUACUCCCGGAAGUUUUACUUGUUCUUGUAAUCAUCAUUUCUUUGGUGAUGGAAGAAGCGACGGAUCUAGGUGCACUCCUUCACAAUUCUCAGUGAUCAAGUUAUCUCUAGGAUUGAGCUUUGGCUUCGUGUCAUUACUGAUUGGUGUAAUUUGGAUACACUCCUGCAUCAAUAGAAGGAAGCUAAUCAAACUAAGAGAGCAAUUCUUCCAACAAAACGGUGGCUUAUUAAUGAAACAAAAAAUUUCUUCGCUCGAUGGAACAAGUGCGGAGUCAUCAAAAAUCUUUACAGCUGAAGAACUAAAGAAAGCCACUAACAACUAUGCCAACAACCGAAUAAUUGGGCGUGGUGGAUAUGGUGUGGUAUAUAAGGGAAUUUUACCAGACCAACGCGUAGUCGCCAUAAAGAAGUCCAAAGUGAUGGAUGGGAACCAAGUAGAGCAGUUUAUCCAUGAGUUGUUGAUAGUAACACAAGUUAACCAUAGGAACGUUGUGAAGCUCUUGGGGUGUUGUUUCGAAUCAGAGGUUCCCGAGCUUGUUUACGAGUAUAUACCAAAUGGCACGCUAUUUGAACAUAUUCAUAAGCCAUUAUCUUGGUUAACACUGGAGCAUCGAUUGAGAAUAGCCAUAGAAACAGCUAGUGCACUUUCCUAUCUUCACUCUGCCGCAUCCAUUCCGAUCAUUCAUAGAGAUGUUAAGUCUGCCAAUAUAUUGCUAGAAGCUAAUUACGUGGCAAAAAUGGCAGAUUUUGGUGCUUCGAGAUUAGUUCCCUUGGACCAAACUCAAGUGACUACAUUAGUACAAGGGACUUUAGGUUAUUUGGAUCCCGAGUACUUCCAAACUGGCCAGUUAAACGAGAAGAGUGAUGUUUAUAGUUUCGGAGUGGUUCUAGCAGAAUUACUGACUGGAAAAAAGCCUAUUUGUCUUGAGAGGUCUCAAGAGGAAAGGAAUUUGGCGACCUACUUCCUUGUGUCAAUGAAGGAAAAUAGGUUGUACCAAAUUUUAGAGCCUCGGGUGGUGAAGGAAGGCACCUUGGAGCAACUCCAAGCAAUUGCGGAGCUUGUGAAGAGGUGUCUUUGUUUGAGAAGUGAAGAGAGGCCUGCAAUGAAAGAAGUGGUGGUGGAAUUAGAAAGUUUAAGGAAGUAUAGAAAGGACCCAUGGGUUAAUCAACAAAGUCAUGAAGAGAGUGUAAGCUUGCUGAGUGACGAAGCACCAACAGACAUUUAUGCUUUGUCAAUAGGUCCUUCUACUGGUGACAUAUCUGGGCAAUAUAGUUUCGGUAGCAGCACGACAUUUCCGCUUAGUAAUUCUUUUUACUAGUGCUGGUGACAUCUUGCGCAAUAGGUAUACGAAGGCAAUGUGUCGGGCUUUCUCAUAGCAUUGUGGGGUCCUACAUACAAAAAUGCUUUGCAAAUAUGCAGUAGUCAAUUGUGAAAGUAGAUUUUUCUUCGUUUGGGUUUGAAUCUUUUGUAAUAAUUAAGGUGAAGAUUUUGUUUGUUCAUGUUGUUAAUUAUUUGUGAAUUCAUUAUCUGGGU